AUGCCUAUUUUGCUCCGAGGCUUUUUGAAUGUCUCAAGGCAUGCAAAUCAUUCGACAAAAUGGUGCCGCGCCAUAAAUGGUGCAAGGCUGAUGAGCAAGCGCAAAGCCAAGGCUCCAAAACCCUUUGAAUUAAUAUAUCCUGAUGCUCCGACCAAGGAGCACUCCGAUCUCAACUCCUUCUUAUCAUACGUGGAACGUGUCAGCUUAAACAAAAGAUCUACGGUCUAUAGAGGCACCCAUUACGAAUACACAGUCGCCGAUACACUAUCCCAGUAUGGCUUCUUUCUCAAACGCGUUGGCGGGCAGUCAGACCGUGGCAUGGAUCUUCUAGGGCUAUGGACACUCCCCUCCACGACGCGAACCUUCAAAGUGGUUCUCCAAUGCAAAGCGGGUGCUCGGAGUGCAAGCCCAAUGUACAUUCGCGAGCUCAAGGGCGCCAUGGCAGCAGCGCCUCCGGGAUGGCGAGGCAAUGAUGUCCUGGGCCUCCUGGUGGGUGAGAAACCAGCCACGAAGGGUGUGCAGGGCGAGAUGCACUCCGCGGAUGUGGCGCUAGGCUAUGUGUGCUGUUCUAAGGAGGGAGAUGUUCUGCAACUGCUAUGGAAUAUCAAGGCUCAAGAGAUGGGGCUAGAUGGAGUUACAGUUGGUUUGAGGUAUGGAGAGGAUACUAACAAGCUUGUGUUGGUGAGUGGAGGUGAAAUGUUGCCCCUGCUGGAGAAGACCAAGACUGAGGAGGAAGACGUGGUGGUUGAUGUGUCUGCCAUUGAGAUUGAAGGUUCACAAGGGUGA